UCGAAUGCUGUGAGGAAAAAAGCAACAUUGUAGCGGUGCGGGCUGCGCGGCGGAUACUUUCCUCUUUACACUGUGGAGCAGCAUGGCGGAGGAGAGAGCUCAGCCGACCGCAAAGCGUCUCUGUUCCAGGCCCUUCCCAGUUUCUAGAUCGUCCCAGAAACCUGCACUGACCGGGAGAGUACACAACCCGGAGUCUCUCCUGGAUGCCAGCGCUAAAAUGGUGGCGGAGAAGUGGCCCUUCCAGCAAGUGGAGGAACGUUUUUCCCGCAUCCCCGAGCCCGUCCAAAGACGAAUUGUUUACUGGUCUUUCCCGAGGAACGAGAGGGAGAUCUGUAUGUACUCGUCCUUUAACUACUACUCUCCCGAGGAGACGGCAGCCGCCGCGGCAGGAGGUGCAGCCGUAACCGGGGACGAUGAUAACAGACUCCCGUUCAGGAGAGGUAUUAAACUGCUGGAGAGCGGCUAUGUGGAAAAUGUUCUUCAAGUAGGAUUUCAUCUGAGCGGAACCGUGACUGAACCAGGCACCCAGUCAGAGCCUGAAAUGAUCUACAGAGUGGCCAUCAGUUUUGACCGCUGCAAGAUCACCUCCGUAACGUGUGGCUGUGGCAACAAAGACAUUUUUUACUGCGCCCAUGUAGUGGCACUUUCGCUGUACAGAAUACGAAAGGCCGAUCAUGUCAAACUGCGUCUUCCCAUCUCUGAGACACUUUUCCAAAUGAACAGAGACCAGCUUCAGAAAUUUAUACAGUAUUUAAUCACAGCUCACCACACAGAAGUACUUCCCACAGCACAGAAAUUGGCUGAUGAAAUCCUAUCAUCCAAUUCGGAGAUCAACCAAGUACAUGGUGCCCCCGACCCGACAGCAGGUGCCAGUAUUGAUGACGAAAAUUGCUGGCAUCUUGACGAAGAGCAAGUUCGAGAGCAAGUCAAGCAAUUCUUAUCGCAGGGAGGGUACUACGGGUCUGGCAAGCAGCUGAAUUCCAUGUUUGCUAAGGUACGAGAGAUGCUGAAGAUGAGGGAUUCAAAUGGUGCCAGGAUGUUGACAUUAAUAACAGAACAAUUCAUGGCUGACCCACGGCUCUCACUCUGGAGGCAACAAGGCACAGGCAUGACAGACAAAUGCCGUCAGCUAUGGGAUGAACUGGGUGCACUGUGGGUAUGCAUUGUAUUGAAUCCUCACUGCAAACCAGAUGAGAAAAUCUCCUGGCUCCGACAACUGAAGAAGUGGAGUGACAUGGAUGUCUGUCCUCUUGAAGAUGGAAACUAUGGCAACGAGUUACCCAACAUCACCAAUGCCCUUCCCCAGAGCUCCAAUCAGAAUCCAGAUUCUUUAGCUAGACCAAGAAGGACAGUUUUCACACGUGCAAUGGAGGCUUGUGAUCUACACUGGCAGGAUAGUCACCUUCAGCGUAUCAUUAGCAGCGAUUUUUAUGCAUCACCCUCUUACCAGAGAGAGGGUGAGAGCCUCCUUUUCAACUCUCAUGGACAACCUCUGUGGUUAGAACAUGUUCCCACUGCCUGUGCUAGGGUCGAUGCCCUUCGUUCACAUGGUUAUCCCAAAGAAGCUCUGAGAUUAGCGGUUGCAAUCAUCAACACACUCCGUCUACAACAGCAACGGCAGUUGGAGAUCUAUAAGCAUCAGAAAAAAGAAUUAUUACACAGAGGAGUAACUACAAUUACAAAUUUGGAAGGGUGGGUGGGACAUCCUCUGGACCCGAUUGGGUGUCUCUUCAUCACAUUGACUGAAGCUUGCCGACUGGAGGAUGAAAGUUGUAUAGACACAGCAGAUUCUAACAGCGAUCUGAAGCCUGCUAUCUACCAACACGUAGCUGUGUCCGGGUGCCUGGAUAGCAAUGAAUCUUACCUUACACUGGCUAUGGAGGUAGCACUGAUGGGCAUGGGUCAGCAAAGAGUAAUGCCUGAGGGACUCUAUGCACAAGACAAGGUCUGUCGCAAUGAGGAACAAAUAAUCUUCAAACUACAGGAGCUUGAAUUAGACGAAAUGCUUGUACAAGUCCUACGUAAACAGUCUAUUAUCCUAUUAGAAGGAGGUCCUUUCAGUGGCCUGGGUGAGGUGAUUCACCGAGAAAGCGUGCCAAUGCACACGUUUGCAAAGUACCUGUUCUCAGCAUUACUGUCGCACGAUGCUGACCUUGCGUACAAGCUGGCUUUAAGAGCAAUGAGAUUGCCUGUUCUAGAGUCCACCGCACACACAGGUGAUGUCUCACACCCCCACCACAUUGUUUCUGUCGUACCCAGUCGAUACCCUCGCUGGUUUACUUUAGGGCACCUGGAGUCUCAACAAUGUGAGCUGGCCUCAACAAUGUUAACAGCUGCCAAAGGAGAUAUGUUGAGGUUACGGACUGUCCUAGAAGCGAUCCGGAAGAACAUUCACUCCUCUUCCUUAAUAUUCAAACUGGCCCAAGAUGCGUUUAAAAUAGCCACACCAGCAGACAGUCCUCCUGAUAUUACGCUUCUCAACGUGGCGCUUGAGCUUGGGUUACAGGUGAUGAGGAUGACUCUGUCGACCUUGAAUUGGCGACGCAGGGAAAUGGUGCGCUGGUUGGUGACCUGUGCUACAGAAGUUGGUGUGCGAGCUUUGGUCAGCAUUCUACAGAGCUGGUACACACUCUUCACUCCAACUGAAGCAACCAGUAUUGUGGCAGCUACUGUCACGUCGCACAACACCAUUCUUCGGCUGAACUUGGACUACACACAACGGGAGGAAUUGGCUAGCUGUGCCCGUACCCUUGCUCUUCAGUGUGCCAUGAAAGAUCCACAGAAUUGUGCACUGUCUGCUUUAACACUCUGUGAGAAAGACCAUAUUGCCUUUGAAACGGCCUAUCAAAUUGUUAUCGAUGCAGCUUCUACGGGUAUGACCUAUUCCCAGUUGUUUACCAUAGCUCGAUAUAUGGAGCAUCGAGGGUACCCAUUACGGGCCUUCAAACUCGCCAGCCUUGCCAUGACCCACCUCAAUUUAGCCUACAACCAGGACACCCACCCAGCUAUCAAUGAUGUUCUAUGGGCAUGUGCUUUGAGCCACUCUUUGGGUAAAAAUGAACUGGCUGCCAUUAUCCCUUUGGUCGUUAAGAGUGUACAGUGUGCCACAGUGCUGUCAGACAUUCUGCGCAGGUGUACAAUGACGGCACCUGGACUAGCGGGUAUACCUGGCCGGCGGAACUCGGGUAAAUUGAUGUCAACUGACAAGGCUCCUCUCCGCCAGCUCUUGGAUGCCACUAUUGGUGCUUACAUCAACACCACUCACUCUCGCCUAACGCACAUCAGCCCGCGGCACUAUGGGGAGUUUAUUGAAUUUCUUAGCAAAGCCAGAGAAACGUUUCUAAUGGCACAGGAUGGACAUAUUCAAUUUGCUCAGUUCAUAGAUAACUUAAAACAGAUUUAUAAGGGAAAGAAAAAACUAAUGAUGCUUGUCCGAGAACGCUUUGGCUGAUGCACUAUUUAUAAACUUUUAUUGUUUCCUUUUUUUUUGUUCAACUGUGAUCUUGUCUCUUAGGAGUGGUACUCAGUGUCUUGGCACAGCCAGUGGAGCCAGUCAGCUUUUAUUUCAGCAUUAACCAGUAUAAACAUUGUUCAGUAAUUUCAGCAGCCACAAAAUUAACUGUUCUGGCACAUAAAACUCAAGGAUUGUGGAAAACAAAGUUAUACAAAGUCUCUUAUGUUUUACAAGUGUACCCAGUAAACCAAAUCCUAGCACACAAGGCAAAUACCUCUAGCAAGCUCUCUAUUUCUCUAAUGUUUUGUGUGUGUGUGUGUGUGUGUGUGUGUGUGUGUGUGUGUGUGUGUGUGUGUGGCUCUCUCUGCCUGUGUGUCUCUCUCUGUCUCUAUUUCUCUCUGUCUCUGUCUCUAGUUCUGUCUGUCUCUGUCUCUCUCUCGUUGUCUCCCAUAGUCAGCUUUAAUCUCCAUGAGUUGCCAGGUUUAAAGCAAAGGAAAGAGUAUGCAUUUUUAAAAAAUGAUUAUGUAUUAGCAAAGCAACACUAAACCUCACGCACCACCAAAACAGUUUAGUGAGAUGGCUUACUCACACGUGACCAUACACCGUGUGUUUUUGUGUGUGUGAAGGUACUUAAAGAAGAGACCAUUCUCAGGGAUGCUAAACAAAAGUAGCAAAAGCAUUUAUGAAAACUGUAAAUAUUAUAUUAUAUGUGUCUAUUAUUGAAAGAAUUGUAAAGUAUAUUAAUUUAUAAUUAAUAUUCUAUGUCAUUAAUGGAAUACUUGAAAUUCACUGUGGGCUGGAAAUGUUUUAACAGGAGGGAGACUGCAGAGCACAUUUCUCAGGUUACCCCCAUGCAUUGUGUGUUUGUAUGUAAACGAGUGAAGGAGAUGACAUCUCUAUGCAGAACUACUUAUGUACUGUCCCCUGGAUAUGAACUGGUUCCCAAGGUUAAAUUGGGAAUAAUUUUUUAAUAAGUUUUAUUUUUAGGAGCUGAAGAUUAGGUGUAGAUGAAAGAAUUUGGACUUGGUACUUUAUGAAAGUACACACAGGUAUUAAUUAAACUUGCCUCGUACCUCUGUUGGGACAGUAUUCUGUGGUUCAAAAAAUUAUUUAAAAAUAAGAAGUCAUGGGUGACUGUGAAGUAAAUGAGCUGGUAGCACUCAGCGUUAUUCGUUAGAACUUGCGUGUACAACCUCUCGUUACAUAAACCAUAUUUCGUAACAGCAACUCUAUCAUGUUCUAAUACCACAGAUAAUUAAAAAGAAAAGUUAUUAAAAAGUGUUUCAACUUAAAAA